AUAAUAUGAUUCAUGGAUUUCAGGAGAUUUUGUAAAGUUUUUGGAUGAUAUGUUCAGAUUUAAUCGCAAUUUUUAGCCUAUUUUACAUCAACUAUGCCUCGAAGUAAGCAAUCUGAAUCUCGUUCAAGAAGUAAGAGUAUAUCGCCCCGGCGCAAAAGCAAAAAAGAUAAGACCUAUCGCCGUAAGAGCCGGAGUAAAAGUCGUUCUCCAGUGAAGAGGCGAUCACCGUCACCAAGUAGUUACAGAAAAAAACGUAGUAAGCGAUCAAGAACUCGCUCUCCUAGUGUAGAUAGGUUUGGAAGAACUGUAAAGAAAACCGAUAAACGACGAGAUGAAAGCAGCAGGCAAGAAGAAAUGGAGAAACAGAGAAAAUUGAGGGCUGCAGAACGACAAAAAAUGAUUGUUGAAGAAGAGGUAGCAAAAAAGGUUGAAGAAAUGGUUGCUAAACGUGUUGAAGAAGAACUUGCUAAACGUAAAGAUGAAAUAGAACUAGAAGUACUCAGGAGAGUUGAGGAAGCUAAAUCUGUAAUGGAAAAACAAAUUAUAGAGGAAUUUGAAAAAAAAAGAUCUGAAGAGCAGGAAUUCCAACAGAAGAAGGAGGAGCAAGAAAAGAAAGAACGUGAGCGCCUGGAAAAAAUAAUUGAUUCAAAAAAUGCUGAAAUUGAGGAAAUAAAGCAUAAACUGGCGGAGGAGCGUCUUACAAUGGUCGCGGAAAAGAGACAGUUAAUUGAAGAAAAACGUAACGCUAUGGAGGAGAUGAAAAAACAAGAGAAAUGGGCACAAGAGGUCAUACUCAAUAAAACGAAAAAUGCAAGACCGAAGUUAAGUUUUGGGUUUAGGUCAAAAGACGGUUUCUAGGUAAUCGGUUAGGAAAUUAAUGCUGUUUUUUUCUAGGGCUGGUUGGGAAAUAUUUAUAAUAGUAUGUUUAAUAUUCUUACCCUCUCAGUUUUAUUGAAGGAACAUGUAUAUAUUAAACUUUAAUGUAUGUCAUGUACAGAUUAAAAUCUAAGUUCGUACUGUAGCACAUGUGAUGUGAUUAUUAAUAUUUCGCAUUGAGUAUUGAGUAUCUCAUUGCAAAAUAAUUAUUGUAUACCAGUUAUGUCUACAUGAUUAGCCCAUCAAUUCUGGGUUGCUGAAUUUCGGUUGCUGUAGUCUGUACAGC